AUGCUGCUGUCGAAGGGCGGGGACUUCAGCAGCUUGCCAGCGAGCCACCCGGCGCGGCUGCAUGCAGAAGCAGCAGCAGCAAAACGCAGGACCUUCCAGCUGCUGCUGCUGGGCUUUUUGCUGCUGGCUGUUUACCUGCUGUCUUACUUUUACCAGAGCUGGGGCGCGGGGGCCAAGACCCACAGGGAGCGCCACGCUGCAGCACUGAGCAGGCUGGGGGGCCCCCCGGGGGCCCCCCCGGGGGCCCCCCAGGGGGCCCCCGGGUGGGUACUGGCGUGGCGGCUGUGGCCGGGGCUGGUGCUGGGGGCCCUGCUGUCCUUUUGCUGCUGCAUGCACCGCCUGGCCUUUGCCGUCAGGAAGCAGCAGUACCCUUUUCCGGAGGGCCUCGUGGCGCACUGGGAGCUGCUGCUGGGGGCCCCCCUGCUGCUGCUGCUGCUGGCGACGGGGGCCCUCACGCGCCCCGUCGCCCCCGAAGCAGCAGCAGCCUUCGCGGGGGCCCCCCGCCUGCUGCAGCUGCUGCUGGUCCACUCCGGAGCUGCUUCUCCGUACUUCUUGCUGGACGCUUUGCUGCAGGUGCCCUGGGGGCUGCUGGCGAUUGGGCUUUCGCGGCUGCUGCUGCUGCUGCUGCAGCGGCUGCGCGCGGGGCCGCGCCCGCAGCCCCGCAGCAAGCAGCAGCAGCAGCAGCAGCAGCAGCAGCAGCGCGCGCGCCGCCCCGAAGAAGACGCCAGCAGCAGCUGCUGCGGCGCAGAGCCCGCGGAGCUGCAGGAGGAGGACAGCAGGCGGCAGGGCUCGUACCGGAACCGCCGGAAAAGCCGGAGAGAGCGGGGCCCCCGGGGCCCCAGGGAGGGGCCCCCGGGGGGCCCCCGCGGCCCCAGGGAGGGGCCCCCGGGGGGCCCCCGCGGCCCCAAAAAGUACCCUCCGCACGUGUCAGUGAGCACCAGCGAAGACCCCAACGGCAGCGCCAACGAGGACUUGACGACGACUCCGCAAAGCAGCUUCCGGACGCGGCGGUCUGGGCGCGAGCGGCGGCGCUCGCGGCGCCCGGCCGCGAAGCCGGCGCCCGAUCCGGAGCCUUCCGCGCGCUUUUCGGGGGAACCGGCCCUCCCAAAUCCCGAAAUGCAACAAAAUAUUCAAAAAAGGAACAAAUUCGACGCAGAAAGCUCCCAAAAUGACCCCGAUUCCGCCGCGCCACCUCCCCCCGACCACCCCCACUGA